AUGAAAGAGGAUGAUCUUUGGAUUAAAGUCGAAUAUCGCUUCUGCUCGAAACUCGACACUCUGCCGGGCAAGUCACCGGACGUAGAUGAGCUGUUGCAGGGAAAGUCACCCGAGCAGCCUGCCGAUGUCAUCAAGAGCCUUAGCGUCGACGGCCCGGAGUGGAAGCUGGACAGGAAUCGCAUCUUCAAACGCGGGAGCGGCGACUUCGUGACGACGGGAACCUCUUCGACAGCGGAAGCUCCUCCAAGAAACCCUGUUCUGAACCCUGCACCCAUCGAAUCCGCUGCAGUUUUUUUCCUUCACAAAUCGCCCUGCAUAUAG